AUGAGUAAAUGUGAAUUUGGGGUCACAUCAGUCAACUACCCGGGACAUAUAGUUUCUGCAAAGGUCGUAGAACCAGACCCUGAGAAGGUGACAUCAACUAUGGAAUGGCCAACCCCACGAAAUUUGACAGCCCUUCAUGGUUUCUUGGGGUUAACUGGGUUUUAUCGACGCUUUGUCCGCCAAUACGCCCAACACGCCUCUCCAUUGACUGAUCUGCUCAAGCAAGGAGCUUUCACUUGGAAUGAGAAGACAGUCACGACUUUGCAGAAAUUAAAAGAAUUGGUCACCUCUACGCCAGUGUUAGCCUUUCCAGAUUUCAAACUUCCCUUUGAUUUGGAAACUGAUGCAUCUGGAACUUCUAUUGGAGGUGUACUCUCUCAAAAUUCACACCCUUAG